AUGGCCAACCCUCGAGUUGAAGAGCUCCCCGACGACGAGACCAAGACCAAGCCCACGGUCGAGGAACAGGAUGAGUCCAGCGACGAAUCCGAAGCUGAAGAGCUCGGCGAGACUCUCCCCGCUGGCUCUACCGCCGUUGUCCACUCCCGCCAGGAGAAGAAGGCCCGCAAGGCUCUUGAGAAGCUGAACCUGAUCCGAGUUCCUGGCAUCACUCGUGUCACCCUCCGCCGCCCCAAGAACAUCCUCUUCGUCAUCAACAACCCCGAAGUCUACAAGUCCCCCAACAGCAACACCUACAUUGUCUUUGGUGAGGCUAAGAUCGAGGACAUCAACGCCACUGCUCAGCAGGCUGCUGCCGCUCAGCUCGCUGCUGCCAACGCUGAGGCUGAGCACGCCGGCCACAACCACGACCACGACCACGAUCACGAUCACGACCACGACCACGGCAAGGAGGGCGAGUCUUCUGAGGCCAAGAAGGAGGAGGAAGAGGAAGAUGAUGGUGAGGAGGUCGAUGCCGAGGGCCUUGAGGAUAAGGAUAUCGAGCUCGUCAUGACCCAAGCCAACGUCAGCCGGAAGAAGGCCGUGAAAGCACUAAAGGAGAACGACAAUGAUAUUGUCAAUUCCAUUAUGGCGCUGAGUAUCUGA